AUGGCGAUGCAAGCUGUCAUUGAUAUCAACAGCGACUCGGACAUUGAAAUUGUGAAUCGAUCUCGCUCGCCAGCCGCCUCCAAGCGAUCCUACUCUGUUGCCUUCUCUCCGGGUGACGAUGGCGAUCCAAAAAGAGUCCGCCUCCUUCGCGCACCAGCUGCUGAAUUCACCGCCGCACACCCGACCUUUCUAUCAGCUACCCUCGGACCUAGUGCGCCUGAGAAGACCAGCAUUCCGUCAGUACCAACAAACCUACAACAAGCCCCUCGUGACAAGAUAACAAGCGCACUCACCUCCGGAACAAAGACUCUCAAGCGGGCAAUUGAUGCGCUCAAGAAGAAGAAGGAUCGAGUCGACAUGGUUAAUAAGUCAUUGGCGACGAUCAUGAAUCGGUUUCAGGUCGUAUGCCACGCGUUGUUGCAAUCAGUGGAGGAACAGGUUCCGGGGCGUCGACACACAAUUACCCCAUCGUUCCCGGGCGUUGAGGCCACUGGUCGGAUGAGUAGUUCAGAAGUGGCCCUUCUAGUUGGAGAGUUGCUGGAUGUAGGACGGGCGGCACUUGUUCAGGUGGACGGACUUUUGAGGUUAAAGAAGAACUUAAAGGCAUUUGCUGCAGGUUCGACAGAGUUAUCGAUGGAGUUAUUUAAGGAGCGUGGAUACGAGCUUGUCGGGAUUCUCGAGGACGCCGGAGUUUUGACGCCGAGGGUGCAAGUUCGAUGA